AAGUGUAUAAUAGCAGGAGCAGAUCACAGUAACUGAGUAUGGUUUUUUUGUGAGACAAGCGAUUUCAACAUUUUCAACACCUAAGUAGAAGAUUUGAAGUGAGAUAAAACGAAAACCAAGAAGAAAAACGAAUUCAUGUCGGGGUCGCAUUAUGGGGGUGUCAGGAUCGAAAUCAACAAAGAUGAGAAAAUUUGUAAUGCAUAAAACUGAUACCAUUUCUGUUUAGAGUCGGCGCAUGACAAAUUUCCUCUAAAGCAAGUAUGUCAUUGUGUUUGGGACAAAAGGGCUCUCCUCUGUCAUGCUAAUCAGCCGCCCAACGCUCGACCCUUGUCAGCACUACAAUCUGCCUCCCUUGCGUCCUGUGCAACAGAGGCACUUCUUGCGUCGCCUUUUACUUUUAUGCAUGACAAACUAUAAUUUCAUCUUUGACGACUACUUCGAGCAUGACACCCCCAUAGUACGCAGGAGCCAGAGAGACCGCCCGAGCGGAUCGGGUUCCACGUCACUCCCGCGACCUACCCGUUCAGGAAGGAACGGACCCUCCGGGAAGAACCGGGGACGACGUCGCAAUACCUUGGAUAUCAAAUGUAGAAAUGUCUGCGUCUGGGAGCAGGAUGGAACUUGUCAUGCUAAAUCUGAAUCAGGCAAAAUACUGUGUUGCGUGAUUGCCAAAUAAAGUUGUGCACUUUUGACCUAAUCGAGAGGCAGUUUCUCAUGCAGGAUAGGCAUUGGAAAGGUCUCGCAGAAUCUGUCAUGCUAUGUCCUACAUACCAGACCUCAUGGGCCAUGGAAAACCUGCAUGACAAAACUGACCAUCUUCCAGACCCAGACAUUUUUGCAAUCCAUAUUGGAGAAUGGGAAAUAGUCGACAAGCUGAACACACCCUCGCGCGUGGUGUUUUAUGAUGUGGAAAGUGGACGGGUAUGCCUUGCAAAUAAAUGAGUAUGUCUGGGUCCUCUGGAUAAUUUGUGAUGCGGGACGAGCAGUUGUAGUUAAAUGAGGACAUCAAGAUCUGAAUCUGUAAUGCAUGAGUACGAUUCUUGGCCAGUUUUUCUUUUUUUAUCGUGCUGCUGGAUGGCAGUUUGUAAUGCUAAAUACGAAGUAGGAAUCCGCAGGAAGCUGAGGGAAAUAACUUCAUCUCAUGCUGUAAUGCCGUACAGGCAGGCUGCCUGUACGGCAUCACAGCAUGAGGCAGUCUGUAAUGCAAAUGUCAGCAACACAAGUUUCCAGACCCAGACAGACCCAUGUUUGCAGUGGAUACCGGGCGGAGAAGUACCUCUUCGCGGCCGGUUUCGCCAGCCACGUGGGACAGGGCGAGGUCACGUGGUUGGCGAAGCCGGCCAAGGUCGGCCCGGAUCCUGCGACGGGGAAAGACAGUUUUCGCCUGCCACCGCCCGAAGUGCAGGCGUAUCAAAGUGAAACACGAAGCCCCCCCCAGAUACAACACGACAAGAAAGACAGCGCCACCCUCUUGCAAAGUUUUUGCUCGUGAAGAUCUUCACCAGCGACCAAGCUGUAACGUCAAAGGGGCUUUCGCAUUGUGCUUUGUUCAGCACGAUGCGAGCCAACAACUGUUGCUCUCUUGCCUGAAAUAGCAUGACAAAUUUCCUGCUGGUGCAUGAGGGGAGGGGGAAUUUUUCCUGACCAUAAAGCAGACAACUUCUCCUGGCAUUUCCCGGGUGACGACGAGGCGCGGGCGGCGAUGGAUAUUGUGAAGAAAAAUCCCCCCUCCCCAUAUACUCGGAAAGGUGGAAAUUUGUGAUGCAAUUGGAUUUGCGUACACAAAUCGGAAUCGGCUUGUGUUGCUAGAAGGCCAAGAGACGUAGUUGCGGCCUUGAUUGCAGGCACUUUCUCAUGCUGUUUCCCACUUCCAAUUGCCUCCUGUCAACAUCGACUGAAGAUGCAAGGCCUUCCCACGUCGCCAGCUGCGAGGACUACCUUGUUCUAGCAUGACAACAUGAUUUGUGGGCCGCCCAAAUCCUGCUACACAGAUCUGCGUUUUGGUAUGGGGAGGGGGGAUUUUUCAUUGUGAUAAUGCAAACCGCACAGACUUUGCCAGAAAUCCGUGCUGCAAUGCGAAACGCCGCGGAGCGCUACGUCAAAAAGAACACUCCCUGUCCGCUGCCGCCCUGCGGUGCGCAAGAACUAGUCGUCACGCAGAAGGCCGCCGCACUGGGGAGCAAAAAUUUUCCGCGGGACGUCGCCAUCUCUGAUUUUUCCGAGAACUUCGGCUGCUUCGCUGUGAUUUCAAUGGAGAGGCUGGAGGCGUGCGGCGCCCAGAUCCUCGGCUUGGUAAAGCCAGCAAAGGUCAGGAAGUGGCUGGCAGAAGAAGCACUACCGGAUAUCCCGUGUAAAAACGUCCCCACCCCAGAGCUGUAAUGCAGAUCUGCACUCAACACAGGAACGCUUGUAAUGCGCGUGCGUAGAAGCCAAGAGAGGCAUUUCUAAUUGUGUUCUGGCCUUUAUUGUAAUGCCGCAAACAGGAUAGGGAGAUGGCUUCUUCAUGCGGCUGUCCUUUCUAACCUGCACUACAGUACAGCGAGAAGCUUGUCAUGCGUGACUCCCAACUACACUGCCGGACUUGUAUGGCAGAGUUCCCCCCGUCUCGACUCGGGGGUCGUGGGGACGUUCUUACAGAGGAUACCGGAGUUGUACUCCGAAGUCGACUUCGUGCACGAGGACGUUUUUUUUCGGAACAUCGGCCUGCGACGAGUUAUUUCGCAGUAUGCACUGCAAAAGAAAGUAACAGUAUCGUACUAACAGAAAUUGCAUAGACAAUAUUUCCUAGCAUCCAAAAUGGAGUUUGUAAUGCUGAAUAUUGUACACACGUAGAAGAUCUGUCAUGCAGUAUUCUAUUGCGAUUAAUACAGCGAGUACGAUACUGUAGUUCUUUCACAGGAUAUUAUACAACAGGCGGAUACAACAACUUCGCAAGACAGCGUCCACGAGCUGGUGCUUUUCGACUUCGGGGUAGGGAGAGUAGUGAACGCAGAUGCAGCCUCGCUGGAGGAGAAUAUGCAUUGCAGAUAUGUCCUUGUGUCUGGAAAGAAUGGGAGUUGUGAUGCUUAAACUCUCUAUGCUCCAAAAACUUGUAUUGCAUGAGCAGGAAAAGGUGCUUGGAUUUUUGCCACCCGAGAACGCAUUUCUGAUGUGGGAUAGGCAUGAGCAAGCCUGUGCGAAAGGUGUGAUGCUGAUGCUAGAGCAUGCAGUACAAACAAAAGCGGCGCGGAUCAUGCUUAUGUGCAAUCGUGCAUGACAAACUUCCAGACCCAGACUGCAUAUUUGCAAUGCAUACAGCAGCUGUUGCAGCAACUUAUGUUCGACUCUGAGGUAUUACAGCGCACAACUCCCCCUCCGCCUCAUUUGUCAUGCAAAAUCAAAAAAAAUCCAGCUGUGAUGCUGCCUCGUAGCACUGUUUGCAUGACACAUUCUGGAAGCGGAAGCCCAAAUAGAACUACAAUUCGUGCAAAAGCCUGUCAUGCACAGCAUACACGUGUGCUGUUCAUGAUACACAAAUGAGGGGGACGAGGGGGAGUUGUGCACUCUCAUAAAAGGCGGCAAAAGUCCAGCUUCACAUGGAGAAAUCUGAGGAAUACCUCAAAAAAAGGAAACAAGCAGCCCAGGAUCGUGCCUGCGGAAGUCCGGCCCGGCGCGCGUCGACCGGCGGCGGCACUACUACCACUGCGGCCCCUGCGGCUCCUGCCCAACAACAGCAGGCCUCGCAAUUGGACGCGCUCGGGCAUCCACUUCUCCCCUCGUCACAGCAACAGGAAAUCAACGGUCGUCGAGCGCCUCCCUUCACAACGUCCAAGGCCGCAUCCGAAGUGCCUCCCUUCAUUCCUGCGCAGCGAGCGGGGAAAGCACCGCCACCCCGAGCGACGCCGAGCGUAGAGCAGUACGCAGAAAAAUCUUGGUAGUUGUACCACAGAUUUGCUAUGCAAAAAUUACCUCCACCUGCUCUGCACAGCAAAUAAUAGAUUGUCUGAAAAGAAACACUACUUUUAGUGUUUUGCAUGUUCCGCAUCGAAUGAGAAAGCGGGCCAUAUUGAACCCGCCAGCACCAGGACUUUAUGAUUUUGCAUCGCAAAAAGAAGGCGGUCAGAUUGAUACAACUGUUCUUUUUUCUGUGCGAUUAUGGUGAAGUAGAAGCCGGGUCGAGGAGACAAGCAAUGCUUGGUGAAGUUUCAUCGUCUUCUUCCUCUUUUGACCCCACCACCGGAGGAACCAUCAGUCAAACUACCCGGACGGCUCUUUCCGAGGCGGGCCGCCACCAGCUAUCAGAGAAACGAAACCAAAGCUCCCCUCCCAUACUCAAUGGAAGAUGUGAUGUGAAGAUCACAUUGUGAUGCCAGAUUUGCUAAAGAGAAUUCAAAUUUGUGUUGCAAAUGAGUGCGAAAGCGAGAGCUGUAUCGGCGUGGAAAUUUCAGAGCAUAUCUUGUAGUAAAAUCAUGCAUCCUCGCAGAGCACAUCUAUUAACAACUUGACUAUGGGACCAGAGGAUGCAACAUGUUCCCCCUUUUCUUUCCCAUACAAACACCACCCUUCCGGAGAACAGCUGCAGCAAGCGAACAUGCUAAACGUCAACAGCCGGCCGCAACAGAGGCAAGAUCAAGUACGGACAAACACGAACCCGCGGCGGGCCAACUCCCUCCUUGCCCUGCAGCGCGAGACCGAACUGAUCAGCGGCGCUAAGGCUAACCUUCACAUGUUGAUGCUCGACUUACACGAAAUUGCUGCCAGUAUGGGAGAAGUUAUGCCUAGCAAAUAUGUUUUUCAGGUGGUCUGGAAGGAUGCAGUCUGUCAUGAGUUGUGCACCACAGCACCACACUUACCAUUUGUUUGUCAUUCAGAUAAAUGAAAUUCAUUUUCUUUUUCUCACCUUCACACGGUUUCCGCUACAACUAGACGUCGUUGUCGCUCAGGAACUUGUCAUGCGUUGCGCCGUAGCUGCGGAGGUUGCUUGUCAUCCGCGCACAAGCGUCACGUCUUCCCAGACCCAGGCCACGACCACGUAUUUGCCAUGCAUAGAAACGCCCGAGCAGCCACUGGCGGCGUUCAGGAGGUUGUGCAGCGGCCAGCCGGAUUUCCAAUUUGCCACACAGUUGCUCAAGUUGUUCCGGUAUCCACUGCAAACAUGUCUGGGUCUCGAAGAAUGCAAGGAAGUCUCUCAUGCUUGGCCGACAAGACAAAAAAAUCUGUCAUGCUCCUUGGUUCGCUACAGUGCCAUUUGUUUGGCAUGCAAAAAGGCCAUUUGUCAUGCGGUCCAGAAACUUGUCAUGCGCGGCUCCUUAAUACAGGUUGCGUACCACGAUUCGGACAUCAGCAUCACAACUUUCCAGACCCAGACGUAUUUCCAAUGCAUACCCGGAGUUACGAUUUCAAUGCAGCAGCUCGAUCGCUCGAGAACCGGAUUUCGGUCCCAUCGCACCACCAGCAGGCGAUCGCGAGAGGAUCCAAUAUCCACACCAAAAACUGUUUUGGCGGAUAGGAGCUGCAUUGAUGCUCAGGAUGCAACAGGAAGGAGCUCGCUAUACCUUGUACGCAUGAAAUUGAAAGCUGAGAGGCGUUUGUUUUUGCCCCCUGUUUCUCUCAUUUCUUUGUGAUGAUAAUUUCUAAGUUCGCAGCUCUGCAAAUUAUUUGCUUCGCGAUGUGCUGGAGCGAACCCGCGGUCGUGCAGCUACAUGAACAAUAAACCUGGCAGCUCACACCAAAACAGCUUUUUGUUUUCCUGCGAUAUUGGACCGUGGAAUCGCAGAACCAGCAAAUAAUCUGCCGCCUCCAGCAAAGCAGCCCCCCAUGGCAUUCUACAACAGCACCGGCAGCCACGCGCAAUCAUCUUCGUCGAACAAACGUAUUUCUUUUGAUUUUUUUACCGGGUGAAAUUUUUUGUUUUGCGGUUUUGGAGGUGAGGUUUGAUUGUCAUGAACAUGAUGGAUCACAGCAUGGUCAUGGUCUUGUUUUAUAUAUUUUUCUUUGCACAGCAUUGACGAAGCGUGAAGUUGUUGCUUUUAUUCUAGCGUCUUCUACUAUCAGGCACGAUUGACAAGCGAUCCCCACUGGAUGACGAUGUUCUUGUUCCCCGCCCAACUGCUUCCACGUCUGGCCCUCCGGUGCAGAAGUCUAGGGGUGGUCCGCCGCCAUCCGCAGCUCUUCUUCAGCUCGGUACAGCAACGAACAAAUCGCAGUCCGGCGGCGCUUCUCGUCCUCCUUGGGAACUGCAACUACAAGUGCCUCAAGUUGGGCUUCCCUUCGGAGGGAUGUUUCGGAGCGGCACAGUACUGCAACAUCAACAUGGCGACCCACAUCAACAUGGCGACCCACAUCAACAUGGCGACCCAACUCUGGUUGUAGGCGGUUUCACGAGGAAUGCAGUACUACCACAGGGAGCGGACGAGCCGCCACACGGCAAAAGUAACAAUGGCGGGAACAAAAACGGCGAAUUUUUCCAGUUGAGUAAAGGUGGACAUCAUGCAGUUGUGCUCGGCGGAACGGAAAAAGGCAAUUAUGGCGGACACAAAAACAACGCCGCGAGUUGGAGCAAACACGAAAAUCAUGCAGAAGUGCCACUUCUAGCGGCACCGCAACAUCUUCACAAGGGCGAUUUGGUGAACUACAAGAAGGGGUUAGUCCAACAAGUCGGUGGGACCAAAGAUGGAACUCCUCAAAACCAUCCAGUUGUGCUCGCAGCACCCCAACUACACAAGGGCAGCUCGGUACUAGGUGACACGAACGGAUUGAAUGCCGGCGGGAGUGGUACCAAAGAAGAUGGGAAGCCUGCAGUACCACCACCAGCGGCGCCGCAGCACAUCAAGGGCGGCUUGGUUAGCUACAAGGACGGAUUGAAAGGCAGCGGGCCUCCUGUGAGCAAAGGUGGGAAAAAUCGUGAUCCCGCUGUAGGAGUGGUGUCGCAAAAUAAUGCCAAGUACGGCUUGAACAACGGGGGAGCGCAAAAGGGCGGCGGAAAUGUGAGCAAAGGCGAAUCAGCCACGGGCAUCCACACAAAAGCAGCACCGCAUCAAGCCGCGGAACAGAACCAUACCAAGGGAAAAGGACCCGGAAGUGGAAAUAAUGAUAAAGGCGAGGACAACGGCGGGAAGAAAGGAACAAAAGGCACUGGAGUUGCUGUGCCGAAGCCUCAAUCGACCGGACCUGUCGCUUCGAAAGGGAAUAAAGCCGCCCCAGAGGAAGCCGUUGUUCCAAACGCAGCCGCUGUUCCAAAAGCAGCCGCUCAAAAAGCCGCUCCACCUGCCCUAUCUUGUGUAAAAACGCCCCGACCCCACAGCUGUCAUGCAAAUCUGCAUGCUGUUGAAAAGUCUCUCAUUCGGAGCCCCACGAGACGCAUUUUGUAGUGCUGUUUGGAAAUUUGUGAUGCUCAAAAAAUCAAUAAUCACAAAUUAGAUUUGAUGUGAUGCUGCUGCACUAGCCAAAGGGGAGUAAAUUGUGAAGGCAAACUUGUCAUGCGCAACAGCUACCGUGUGUUGAUUUGUGUCGCAGAUUUCCCAAGUUGGCUAUGGGGUUGGGACGUUUUUGGACAGGAUAUGUCCCGGCCGUUCCGCAUCAAGCCAAGGCGAAUCCUCCGGUGCGAGCAGGUGGCGCUGUCGUCGGUCGUACGCCGGGAAACUUCUACACCAAAAACGACAAAGCGGUUUCUCUCUGGGCCUUGCUGCACAGGUACACUCGAGAAAAAGCCGAGGAGGACAGGACGACAGAGAACGAUGCGAUUAUCUUCAAAACCAUAGGAACGAGGGCUGGGAAAAAUGAAUAUGCUGUGUAAAAACGUACUACCCACCCCAUCUUUAGUGUCACGCAAAUCUACUUCUGUGACGCACGGAUUUGAAGAGUUGUCAUGCUGUAAUCAGCUGCAUAAGUCCAUGCGCUGCACUAGCCAAGCUGCUACCUAUUGGAACAACUUUCGUCAUGAUACGUGAAUUCCAACCACCGCCUCUGAGAGUUUGCGUAGUGAAUUCCGCGUCCUCUUGAAUAUGGGGUGAGAAGGUUUUUAGUCAGGAUACUUAAGUGAGCGCGAACACGGCUUGGAACAAGCAGCAGCUGGACGAUUUGUUCGACCCCCGCAAGAACGUACGAGUUGCAAAUCUGUCUGGGUCUGGAACAAAACUGUGAUCAUGCUAGAGCGUGGAUGAUGCGCUACAAAGAACCCACCUAUGUUGACAAGGCGUUGCUGCGUGAUUACGGCUUCUAGCAUAAAUUGCCACUUGACAAGUCACGUCUUUGGGUGACGGAUAGAUUGCGCUGUGGCUGUAGUGCAACCAGCAUGACAGACUUCGCUCUCUGUCUCUUCUCAGACAAACAUGAGUAGAAUAAAUCUCGCAAUCUUUCAAACCGGGUUCUGGACGCAGACGUAUUUGCAUUUGAUACGACGGCUACGAGGACAACAUCGUGGGCAUCAAGAACUUUCUCCGCAGGAAAGAGGACAACAUACCGGACAAGGACCUGAAGAAGUACCCGAAGACGCAAGAAGAUUACGAAAAAAUUUUAAACGUGGACCAUGAACACCCGCACUACAAGUUCUACAAGCUGAAGAACCAGGUGAUAUAUCCAAGAGACGAGUGAUCCCCUCCCGUUGCCGGAAAUAUAUCAUAAGUACACCCGAUCUGUCAUGCUGGAUACUUCACAAGCGAUAGAGCAUUAAGUACGCAGCUGUGCAAGUGAUGUCAUGCAACUGUAUUUCGAGUACGGGGAGCCGGGAUUUUUGUUCCUCCCGAUACGGACAAAGUGUACCCGAAGCGCGCUGGUGGCGCUGCGAAACAGUAAUGCAGCCAGGAAUUUCACGAUCAGAAAAAUGAAUUCUUCUUUGGUCUACGUAGUCAUUCAGAACCGGAAAAACGGAGCAACUACGUCGCGAGCGAGCCGUGUGCUUCAGCACCACAACCUCUGACGACCACCCCAUCACAGCCCAUCGCAGCAAAACGCACAUCCACCCCUUGCAGACGAAGAGGAACACCGAGAAACAAAUGACCUACCCCAACCGCAUGUCUCGCCGCGGUGUUACCCCCUCAGAAGCAGCAAGCUGCUUUUUCUCGAUUGGAUCAUCUUCGAAUCUAAAAACUACAGGGAGAAGUACAAGGACGGUCAAUCUCGCCUCCUUUGAUAGAGAAAAAUGAAAUAGCCGGCCGCACGACGGAGGCUAGGACUACAUUUUCGUAACGAUAAAUACGGAGUGAUAAGUACAACAACUGAGCCGGACACUUAGUGCUGCCGACUCGUCAAGAACCAAACAGCUAUACCACAGCCACUUUGCCUUUCUACCAAAUAUGCCAGGACGGAGUAAAGAGAACUCGAACGUUGUGGACACGCAACACCAGCUGCAGAGAACCGUUAUUCGAAUAAACCAUCUUGAAGGCGGAAUAUCGAGGUUUAGAUCGUAAUACUCUUCUUCUAUUCUCAGAGUUAUUGCUAGGUGAGCCCCAGCAACCACUUAAUGCUGAAAAUCUAUGAAAAUGAAGGCAGCAGCUCCUUGAAGACAAAAUCUGAAUCAGUGCGCCAAACAAGCAGGAAGACCGUCGACUCUCGUUUUUAAUUCUGAAUAUUGGAAGUUGAUGUAGUAGGUUCACAUUUGGAGCCUCGAUCUGUUUUCGGUGCGGAUCGUCA